AUGCCGUUCAUGCCGGUGAAGUUUACCCUGCAGAAGCGGGUGAAGCUGGCUCAGGGCCUGUGGAUGAUGUACUGGCUGUCAGUCAUUGUAGGGAUCCUAAUCUUCAGCCUUGGUAUCUUUUUCAAGAUCGAGCUGCGAAAAAGAAGCGAGAUGAUGGACAAUAACGAGAGCCAUUUAGUGCCCAACCUGUUGAUCGUGGUUGGUUUGUUGUCCUGCGGGGUCAACGCCUUUGGAGGGAAGGUGUGCCACGACUCUCUGGACCCGGGCAAAUAUCCAAAAUGGAAACCGAUGCUGAAGACGUACCUGCUGAUGUGCUGCGGCUUCAACGUGCUGAUGCUGUUGACGGGUUUGCUGUGCUUCCUCAUGCAGUUCGCCAUGUACCUGACCCUGGCUGAGGGCCUGAAAAAUAGCAUCAAAUUCUACAAGGAUACAGACACGCCAGGACGCUGCUUCAUGAAGAGGACGCUUGACAUGACACAGAUUGAGUUCCGCUGCUGUGGCAACAACAACUACAGGGACUGGUUCGAGGUGCAGUGGAUCAGCAACCGCUACCUGGAUAUGAGCAACGACCUGGUCAAAGACCGUGUCCUCAGUAACGUGGAGGGAAAGUACCUGAUGGACAGUGUACCGUUCAGCUGCUGUAACCCCGGCUCCCCUCGGCCCUGCAUCCAGCAUCACCUGACCAACAACUCUGCCCACUACGACUACGACCACCGCACCGAGGAGCUCAACAUCUGGACCCGCGGCUGCCGCGAAGCUCUCUUCUCCUACUUCAGCAGUAUGAUGUCCAGCAUUGGAAUACUAAUCUUCCUCAAAAUCGCCCUGGAGUCUGCAGACAUGGCGGGGUUAAAGUACCUGACCACGGCCCUGGAGACGAUGGAGGACCCAGAGAACCCGGAGUGUGAGAGCGAAGGCUGGCUGCUGGAGAAAGGCGUGAAGGAGACGUUCGCUGAUGUGCUAGCCAAGCUGAAGACUCUGGGAAAGAAAAACCAGGUGGAUGAGGGAGAAGAAGCACAGGCCGCCACCUGA